AGAUACCGUUUCGCAGUUCUCGACGUGCAGUCAACGACGCCUUCUCAGGCGAAACACCGGACUUUUAAUUCUGUGUCACUUGUGUCGGAUCCAAACCGGCGACGCGUAAUCGGCUGCGUUUGUAUCGUCGACGAAAAUUUAAAGGUACGGAUUACCGAGCGACGAUCACAGAUGGCACGAACCAACGCGAAAAGGGUCCAUUCGGAUCUACCGCAAUUUGAAUCGAUAACGAAACUAUCGAGUCUACCAAUCGUCGAAAGUAGUAUACACAUUGCUGGACAUGUUUACAAAAGAAUAAAGAGUUCGAAUUAUCUGAUGAAUUGGAGUCUCGAUGCAGCGGAACAAUCUUUGGCACUGGCAGCAGCUUCGGCUAAACCAGCGAUCUAUACUUUUAAUGGACCAAUUAUGACGAUCGAUCAGCUACUUUGUAAAGGGAUCGAUAUUGUUGAGCACAGAGUACCGGCGGUACAUAUUCCUCCUCAACAGAUGUAUUGGAAUACUCGAGAAUACGUAGCAAAUAAAAUUUUAAGACCGGUUCUAAUGCGUGCUGGUAGCAUGAAGCAAAUUGGAAGUCACGCUGCCAGUAUUGCAGUCGACACAUUGGACGGUGCUUUAACUGUUGCAGAUCAAUACGUUGAUCGAUAUUUACCUGGUGACCCAGCUGAUAAAACAAUCGAUGAAGUUGAUACGAACGAACCUGUCAGCAAGACGACUCGUACGAUUAAACACGGUGCAAGAUUUUCAAUAAAAUUACAAAGGAGAUUGACACGUCGUACACUGGCUGAGGCUCGAGCUCUCAAAGAUCAAGGAACCGAAUGCAUUCACGUAUUUUUCUAUGUAAUAGAAUUGCUUGCAACGGAUCCAAAAUUAGCUUUGCAGAAAGCUAAAGAAUUAUGGACCAUAUUGAGCCUACCCGAACCCGAGAAUCAAGCACGUCCAGCAAGCUUGGAACAAUUGCUCGUCCUAUUGACAAGAGAAUCAGCAAGACGCAUAGUUCAUCUCGUAAAUGGUGCAACAUCUUUAGCCGCUAAAACCCCACGAUGGAUUGGCAAACUUCUCAUCAGGAUCUCUCGACGUUUACUGACGCUAACGGAUGCCACUUUGAAGGCGGUAUCUAUAAUCGAAAAGGGAGAGACAGCGAAGACGAAGCAGAUGUCCGUGACGAUCCGUUCUGUGGUACGGAAACUCGGAACGAAUACGAGUAGGUUGCUGGUGCGAACAAUUAGCGGCAAUACUCGUCGAUCCUCCCAACAUACGGGACACGGUGACUACAACAACGACAGCAUCAAUGAACUCGACAGGAACAAGGACAGGGACAGAAAAUACAACAAUGAUAACAGGCACCGGGACGACAAUGACGACGACAACAACGUCAUUAAAGAUGCGUCGAAUGCAGGAUCUACAACAGAACCACAACAACCACACAUCGAUGAUUUCCGAUCCACCGAUAAACGGUAUCGAGUAACAAAGCAAAGCCUGGAAACUGUCUCGGGUGGGUUUCUUUCCCCUACCGACGGAAAGCUUCUCGAUUACGCGCCAAGGUCAAUGGCACAUAGAAAUAUUACGACUUCUACUGCUGUUUCUUCAUCGUCAUCGUCAUCAUCAUCAUCAUCAUCAUCAUCAACAACAACAUCAUUGUCAUCGGCAUUGUCACCUUCUUCUUCUUCUUCUUCGCGUCGUCGUGUAACCGGUAAACGUUCUCUACCUCACUUCGAAGUUUUCCAUCGUGUUCUCGAGCUUCCGAUGAUUGAAAUGGCUUUAACAAAAUCGGUAGAAACUUAUACUAAGUUGAAAGGUUCACAUUGGUUGGUACAUUGGGCUCUAACAACAGCUGAAAGUUCUUUCGAGAGUGCUACCAGACAUGCUGUACCCAUAGCCACUCCCCUAGCUAAGAAACUCGAGAAUCCUAUUCAUUUUGUCGACCACACGCUCUGCCUCGGUCUCGACAAAAUCGAAGAAAGAGUACCAUUGGUGAAGGAGAAACCCGAGCAGAUUUUAGCGAAUGCCUACGGUCUAGCCGUAAAGAAAGUUCAACCAGCAGUUUCAACGAUUUAUCAUGUGAACGACGCAUUAAUAGAACAAGCUACAAAUCUGAGAGAUCUAAGCUGGAACAAAGCGAAUCAAAUUUUGGAAACUCAUUAUGGUACAGCGGCCGUAAAAAGAUUGGACAAUACCGCGAUAGUCAUGGACAAUUUGAUAGAUGCAUAUUUUCCUGCCAUUGAAGAAGAAGAUCAUACUGAUUCUACUAUGAAAACAGAGGAAGAGGACAAACUCCUUCAUAGUUUACAAACCGUCGGCCGUUUAUCCAAUAAAGCAGCUCGACGCGUCUAUAUAAAUAUCAUUCAUCGUACGAAAACUCUUAACAAGGAUAAUCUAAGAAGAUAUAUCGCUUUUCUCUUGGAAUUUUUACAACUUACACAAUACAUAAAUGCGAUCAAUGAAAAAGUUGUCGAGUUAACUAGUCCUCGUAAAGUCUACGAUAGUUCAAGAGAGAAUAAAUCAAGAAUGGCGGAAAUUAAGCAAGAAAAUGGUCCACAAUUGGAGGUAUUAAAUCGUGUAAAAAAUAUUCCCGUUAUUCAUACGGCUAUGGAGAAGACAGGAUCGACGUAUUCUUAUCUAAAAGAUUCUCAUCAUUUAAUAAACUGGGCACUGAAUUACGCCGAGGUUGGACUUAAUUAUGCUACUGCAACCGCGGUACCAAUCGCAGCGCCAUUGGCGAAGAAAUUUGAAGGACAAAUAAAUGCCGUUGAUCAGAAACUCUGUGAAGGACUUGACAUCGUUGAAAAGAAAGUUCCGAUUGUUAAGAAACCACCGCAACAGAUUUAUGACGCCGCUAAAGCUGUAAUGUGCAGUUCCCUUCAUCCCACGAUAGAGAAACUUCAUUCCGCAAAGGCUUCAGCAACUCAACAUGCUUCAACGCUCAAAGAAAUAAGCAUAGCAAAAACGAACGAAUUAUUGAAUACUCAGUAUGGUAGUAUAGCUGUUCAAGGUGUAGAUAAUACCAGUGUUCUUAUCAAUCGUUUGUUAGACCAUUAUUUCCCUGCUGUCGAUGGAGAAGAGACUGUGCCAAAUCCAAUCUCUGCUGAUGAGAAUAAGGUCUUGCACACCGUACAAACGAUUGGACAAUUGUCUACAAAAACUGCCCAUCGCGUUUAUCAUUCGGUCGUAGCACAAUUGAAAACUAUUAAAAAAGAAGACGUGACAGAAUAUAUGUCUAACAUUGUGUCGAUACUUCAUUUGGCACAAUUUUUAGCAUCGAAACAGGAACAAACGGAACAAAAGACAAACUCACCUAAGGAAGAAAAAAAAUAAAAGAUAGUUAUAUAAAUUUUGUUAUAUAAAAUAUCUUUUAGAAAAGAAGAUAUUUUUUAGUCUCAUCAUUUACUUACACAUAUAAUUUUCUUCGAUGCAUAAUAUUUAAUUAUGUAUAGAUAUGCACAAUCAAUUAAUCGUUCCAUACUACAAUCAAAGAUAUAUCUUCAAAAUUAUCUCAACGUUUCUCAUAAUAUUUAUAUUUACAUUGUAUUUUUCUAAUGUUCGAUUAUUGGCUGACAUACAAUAAAAAAAUCGAAACUCCUAAAUAUAAAAUAUAUAAAAAUU